AUGUUUGAUGUAAUUGCAAAAAAUUCUGACACUCAGGAAUCACGAAGCUCGGUUACUGUUGUUGUAACCGGUAAAGAUGAUGACAUUGAACGUCGAUUAAGCUGGCAACAGUUUCUAUCAUCAAAACCAGUUGAUGUACGACAGAUGCGAUAUAGACGUGGCUUGGCUACAGAUGUUCUAUUUACGUUACGUGAAGAUCAUCCAUUAGGAAAACUAAAAAAACGUAUAAUGUUGAUGAACGGUGAACGAGUGAUUGGAAUCAGCGGUGGCCAACAACAUCUGGCCGUUUAUCCAAACGGUACUAUUGAAUUGGUAAAAAAGCUUAACUAUGAGGAUACACCGGCUGUUCGAUUUACGGUACAAAUUGCAUCAAAAGGUUAG